GCAUUCUGCUUGCUGGCGGCAAACGAGUUCAUCGACUAUGAUUCGAAUUGCCCAGCAUGGGCUGCUGAGGGACUGUGUGACACAGAGCCCGACCGUAUGAAAAACUGUCUCGGAAGCUGCCCACAUUUGGCACCACCCGAGUACCAACAAGAACCGCCGGCGGAGCAUGCACCAGCAGAGCAUCCACCUGCUCCACCUGUGGAGCAAGCACCGGUAGAGACAGCACCACCAGACCAGGCACCGCCAGAGCAGGCACCGCCAGAGCAGGCACCGCCAGAGCAGGCACCGCCAGAGCAGGCACCGCCAGAGCAAGUAUCGGCAGAGCAAGCACCGCCGGAGCAAGUACCGGCAGAACAAGCACCGCCAGAGCAACAGCCACCGCCCAUGGAGCAACCGCCACAGCCCACAGAGCAACCACCGGUGCAGGAACCACCGGUGGUCGAUGAGGUGUGCGAGAACGGAGUGUGCCCAGGAGGUGGCGGGGAGCUCCCUCCGGUGGUGCAGCAGGUGCAUCCAACGCCAGAGGGCAAGAAG